CCACCUCUUCGACUGGUGCAAAACUAUUCAACCCACCCACCACUGUUUCAGUAGACGGAAUUUGUUGAUGCAAUAUGAAUCAGUAUAAAGUCUAUCAAAAAAUCGUGAUUGGUCGUUGAGAGGAGCCUCAGUCAUAAGCAUUUUUAUACUUUCACUACUCGCUGGAUUGUAUAUGGCAGCAGACUGUUGCGGCGCUUCGUAGCGAUUGGGUGUGUUAUAUUUUUGCUGAAGUUGGGAAACUUGCCACGAUGACUAAAUUGGAAGCUCUGAAGGAUGCCUUGCAGAAGCACGGCCAAGAGCAGCUUCUGCUCUACUGGGAUGAGCUAAACGAGGAGCAGCAGAGGCUACUGACCGAAGAUAUCGAGGAGUUGAAUCUAGCGGAAGUAAAUGAAUUUUUUAAUCGUGCCACAUCGUCACUCGAGGAGGAAAGUGAGAAACUCGAUGAUAAGAUGACACCCGUGCCGGAAGAUAAGUUUCUGUCGAUUUCCCGUAGCGAUAAGGGACGGAUAAAGGAGUACUAUGAAGAGGGAUUGAGGCAAGUAGCCACCGGGACGGUAGGUGUUCUGUUAAUGGCCGGUGGACAAGGCACCAGAUUGGGAUUCGCUCAUCCUAAGGGCAUGUUUAAUGUUGGCUUGCCUUCGAAUAAAUCACUGUUCCGUAUACAGGGUGAAAGAAUCUUGAAACUCCAGAGAUUGGCAAAAGAUCUGACUGGCAAGGAUGGGAGGAUCACCUGGUACAUCAUGACAAGCGAGGCCACAAUGGAACCGACUAAAAUAUAUUUUAAACAAAAUGACUAUUUCGGAUUGAAAGAGAGCGAUGUUCUAAUGUUCGAACAGGGAAGUCUCCCAUGUUUUGAUUUCGAAGGUAAAAUUCUACUGGACGAAAAGCAUCGAGUUGCAAAGGCUCCCGAUGGUAAUGGGGGACUCUAUAGAGCCCUGCGUGAUCGUGGAAUCUUAGAUGACAUGGAACAAAGAGGAGUACUCUACCUUCAUGCACAUAGCGUUGAUAACAUACUAAUAAAAGUAGCCGAUCCCGUAUUCAUUGGCUAUUGUGUGGCUCAGAAGGCAGAUUGUGCGGCCAAAGUGGUAGAAAAAUCACACCCGAAUGAGGCGGUGGGAGUGGUGUGUCAAGUGGAUGGAAAAUAUCAAGUUGUAGAGUAUAGCGAAAUCACCCAGAAGACAGCUGAACUGACGAAAUCGGACGGUCGUUUAGUGUUCAACGCUGGAAACAUCUGUAACCACUUGUUUACGUCUGCGUUUUUGCGCAAGAUAGGAAACACUUUUGAAAAGGACUUGAAACUCCACGUAGCCAAGAAAAAGAUUCCCUUUAUCGAUUCGACGGGAGCACGUGUUACCCCGACUUCUCCAAAUGGUAUCAAAAUUGAAAAAUUCGUUUUUGAUGUGUUCCAAUUUGCCGAGCAUUUCGUAACAGUCGAGGUGCCUCGGGAAGAAGAAUUCAGCGCACUCAAGAACGCAGACAGUGCCGGUAAAGAUUGUGCCUCGACUGCACGGGCUGACAUUUUCCGAUUGCAUAAAAAGUACAUUGAAUCCGCAAACGGAACCGUAGACGGUCUCGAGUGCGAAAUUUCACCACUAGUUUCGUACGGCGGAGAAGGCUUGAAGGCGUUGGUCCACGGAAAAACAUUGGUCAGUCCCGUGCAUCUCGACGAAGAGAAGGCAUAAAACAUGUCUUCAAAAUUUAAUGAGCUAAUGUGCUUAAUUCAUGUAUCGCCUAGCUAGAAGAGAAUAGUUACAAUCUGUUAAUACCUAGCAUUAUGUAUCGUAAGUGCAAUGACCAGAAACAGUGCGCAACAGUCGAACAAACAGCAAUUAUUUUAACGUUUUUUUUGUGUUAUGCUAUUCUCUUUACUUGAAACGCCGUUUAUAAAAGCUAGCUACAACAUUCGAUAGAACGAGAAAAAAGUAAAAGGAAAUUCUCGUUUCGCGUCUUGUGUACAAGACUAGUUUUUUUAGAAGUCGGAAAACAAAGAGAUGGAAGCCCAACUACUCGAUGACCUUCGGCUAAUCGGGUCUGCGCGCGUUGUUAUGGAACGUAGCUGUAGCUUGUUUUAAACCAGUUUUUUAAAGGCGUAAAUAUUAACCUAUCCAGACUUACUUUUAAUUGAACACCCAACAUUAAAAUAUUUUGAAAUUACAA